UUCAGAGGUUUCAAGGCCAAAUUCAUGUCCCAGUUACAACUGGCAGAGGCAUCUGUAUUGCCAAAGGCAGAGGAGCCAGACAAACUUGAAGGACGUACUGUCCUCCAGGUGAUUGUAGAUGAAGACAUGUUUAAUGAAGUGGGAACCAUGCACGGUGGUUGUCUAGCCAUGAUAAUUGAUAUGCAUGUUUCUUCUACUCAUGCUUGUCUCUGUUCCCCAAUGCCCAUUUAUGUUCUUAGGGCUUCAACAGGCAUUUAUGGCAUAUUUGGUGUACAGCAGUCUUUGAAUAUUGUGUUCCAUCCACCAGCAGUGCUGGGCAACCAGCUACGCGUCAUGAGCACAACGCUUACCCUUGGUAGCUGGGCACGCUCGGGUCAUUGUGAAGUGUGGAAUGUAAUGCGAAGCCGAUUAGUCGCAUCAGCUGUAUACACCAACAUGGUUCCAUCU